GGAUGAGAACCGUGUGAGGGGCGGCGCGCCAUGAGUCCCCUGUAUAGAACCACCGCACGAUUGUUCCACACGAUUCCAUCCUUCCGCCCGGUCCCUCACUUUCAUCCCCUUCCUCUUGGGAUUUCUCGGUGUGCUACUUGCCAUGUCCGUCAUGAGAUCGGCUUCCUUUCCGCCGAGAUGGCUCGCCUCGGGUCCAGGCGCUCCCAUCGCGCCGUCCGUUCGGGCAUGUAAGUCAAUGGAGAGGAGCAAGAGCCACAAGGUCUACAAGCAGCUCGGUUUGUACUCACUCAAGAAAAAGAUUGAAGAUGCAGUUCAUCGUGCAGAGAUGAUAGCACCAAAUGCAUUAGAAAUUGAAGAAGCAAGGCGAAUCAAGCAGGAAGAAGUGCUUCGAGGUCAUAGUCUGUGGGAUGACUUGGCUAAGUCUGAUCAACAUUUUACUGCCUUAGCUGAUGCCAUCAGACUAAUCAAUGAUCUUAAAGAUUUGAGAUAUAAGGCUGAAGAAGCAAAGUUGAUCAUGGAGUUAGCCGAGAUGGAUGUCAUUAGUCAUGAGCUUUUUAAGCAGGCUUAUAAAGCAACUUUAGAUGUUAACAGCUUCCUUGAGCAAUAUGAAUUAUCAAAGUUUCUGAGUGGUCCAUAUGACAGUGAGGGAGCUUGUUUAACUAUCAAAGCUGGGCCAGAAGGCAUUGCUUCUGAGGUUUGGGCAGAGAAGCUUCUUCAAAUGUAUACCAGAUGGGCUAAAAAGCAUGGAUGGACAGGUAAGAUCAUUGAACGGUAUUCAUCAAAGGGAGCUGGAACCAGAAUAGUAACUGUUGAGUUUGAAUCAGAAUAUAUGUAUGGCUACCUUUCUGGAGAGAGAGGUGUACAUAGAAAGAUCUGCAAUUCUUUGGAUGGAUCUGCUGUUCCUAGGUUAUACUCAGCUAUUGUGGAUGUGAUCCCUCUUUUCCUUGGAGGUUCUAUUAAUAUGCCAAUUGAUGACAAUGAUCUUGAGAUCUCUUUCUUCUCUGCUCAUAAACAAUUUCCAUUUGAGAAUGGAACAGAGCAUGCAGUUAGCAUUCAUCAUAUUCCAAGUGGUGUAACUGCCCAAAGUUCAGGUGAAAGGAGCUCUUUUGCCAAUAUGGUUAAGGCUCUAAACCGUUUGAAAGGAAAACUUCUUGUUCUAGAGAAUGAACAAGGCACCUCUGAUGUAAACAAAGUUGAGAGGGGAGCUGUUCAGAAUAAGUUGAAUGAUGAAACCAGGAGAUACAUAUUUCAUCCCCAAAAAAUGGUUCAGGAUGUGAAAACUGGAAUCCAACUACCAGAUUUGAACUCCAUAUUGAAUGGUAACAUUGAACCACUUAUCAGAACUCAUAUUAGUCUCAAGCGGGGAAGAGAAAUGGUGGCAACUGACAUGCUUUAGUAUCGAAUUUAAUGCCCUGUUUGGUUGGAGAAUUAAAUAAUGGAUUAAGAACUUGUUCUGUAAUAACUUCUGAAUCUAUCUUACUCUACAGCUUUUUCCAACUUGUCAAAGGGAUAUAUCCAGGUAAAUAUAGUAACCAACAGAAUAGUCUUUUCUAUUUUAGCUAUUCUGGUGGUGGCAAAAAGGUAAACAUUCUUUAUUUUUGAUAUAUUCUGGACUGUAGCAAGAAUAAACAAGUAAUUACCUUGUACAGAAUAACUUCUCA